AUGAUGCCGCGAGAAGACAGACUCCACGUCCCGCGAUGCUCUCGCCGGGCCGUGGCGGAGAUUGAACCGGAAGACGCUUUCUGGGUUUGAGGAGAAGGUUAACUGGUGUUGCACAUCCAGAAGUGCAGUAUGAAACUGUAUUGCCUUUCGGGGCACCCAACCUUACCAUGCAAUGUGCUCAAAUUCAAAUCAACCACCAUUAUGUUGGACUGCGGACUGGACAUGACUUCCACCCUCAAUUUCCUUCCUUUGCCACUUGUUCAAAGUCCCCGGCUGUCUAAUCUUCCUGGCUGGUCCCUAAAGGACGGAAAUGCUUUCUUAGACAAGGAGCUAAAGGAGUGCUCAGGUCACGUAUUUGUGGAUUCUGUGCCGGAAUUCUGCCUACCAGAGACCGAGCUCAUAGAUCUGUCUACGGUAGAUGUGAUCCUCAUCUCUAACUAUCACUGCAUGAUGGCGCUGCCCUACAUCACCGAGCACACGGGGUUCACGGGCACAGUGUAUGCCACAGAGCCCACCGUUCAGAUCGGCAGGCUUCUCAUGGAAGAGCUGGUGAAUUUCAUUGAACGCGUGCCCAAGGCUCAGUCGGCCUCCUUGUGGAAGAACAAGGACAUUCAGCGGCUGCUGCCUUCUCCUCUCAAGGACGCAGUGGAAGUGUCAACCUGGAGAAGAUGUUAUGCAGCGCAGGAGGUGAACUCUGCCCUUAGUAAAGUCCAGCUGGUGGGAUACUCUCAGAAAAUUGAGCUUUUCGGUGCCGUCCAGGUGACUCCGCUAAGCUCUGGCUACGCCCUUGGAAGCUCCAACUGGAUUAUCCAGUCCCAUUACGAGAAAGUGUCUUACGUCUCUGGAUCCUCCUUGCUUACCACACACCCCCAGCCUAUGGACCAAGCUUCUCUCAAAAACAGCGAUGUUCUCAUUCUGACAGGCCUUACCCAGAUUCCCACUGCAAACCCAGAUGGCAUGGUGGGAGAGUUCUGCAGCAACCUGGCACUGACAGUCCGUAAUGGCGGGAACGUGUUGGUGCCCUGCUACCCUUCUGGAGUGAUCUACGACCUCCUGGAGUGUCUGUACCAAUACAUCGACUCGGCCGGCCUCUCCAACAUCCCCUUCUACUUCAUCUCCCCUGUGGCUAACAGUUCACUGGAGUUCUCCCAGAUUUUUGCUGAGUGGCUCUGUCACAAUAAACAGACAAAGGUUUAUCUCCCAGAACCACCUUUUCCUCAUGCAGAGCUCAUUCAGACCAACAAGCUGAAGCACUACCCCAGCAUCCACGGAGACUUCAGCAACGAUUUCAGGCAGCCGUGCGUGGUGUUCACGGGCCACCCUUCCCUCCGGUUUGGGGACGUGGUCCAUUUCAUGGAGCUCUGGGGGAAAUCUAGUCUCAACACGGUCAUAUUCACAGAACCUGACUUCUCCUACCUGGAGGCGCUGGCCCCCUACCAGCCCUUGGCCAUGAAGUGCAUCUACUGCCCCAUCGAUACACGACUCAAUUUCAUCCAGGUGUCGAAGCUGCUCAAAGAAGUGCAGCCCCUGCACGUGGUCUGUCCGGAGCAGUACACGCAGCCGCCCCCCGCGCAGUCCCACCGGCUGGACCUGAUGGUCGACUGCCAGCCGCCCGCCAUGGCCUACCGGCGGGCCGAGGUCCUGGCCCUGCCCUUCAAGCGGCGCUAUGAGAAGAUCGAAAUCAUGCCGGAGCUCGCCGAUUCGCUGGUGCCCAUGGAGAUCAAGCCUGGCAUUUCCUUGGCAACCGUCUCGGCUGUGCUGCAUACCAAAGACAACAAGCAUGUCCUGCAGCUCCCACCCCGGCCGGCCCAGCCCACAGGUGGUAAGAAGAGAAAGCGGGGUAGUGAUGACAUCCCAGACUGCAAAGUUUUGAAGCCUCUGCUGAGCGGCUCCAUCCCUGUGGAGCAGUUUGUGCAAACCCUGGAGAAGCACGGCUUCAGUGACAUUAAGGUGGAAGACACGGCCAAGGGCCACAUCGUCCUGCUCCAGGAAGCCGAGACACUCAUCCAGAUUGAGGACGACUCGACGCACAUCAUUUGUGACAAUGAUGAGAUGCUCAGGGUACGACUGCGGGACCUUGUCCUCAAAUUCCUGCAGAAGUUCUAAUGGAACCCCUGUGCCCUUUCCACUUGCCCCAUAUCCUGCUGUCCUCCCUGCGGCUGCCCGACACAAGCCAGCUGAGGAAGGGUGGAGAGGCUGGUGCCCUCUGCAGAGCUCUCUGGCUCAAGGAACAAAGAAGUGGCUCUUGCGGGACAGUAUCCGGAGUUAAAUGGCCAGCAUCUCCUGGUCUGCAUUUCUUGCACUGUUUCAGGCUAGACCUUCUGCUUUAAACUUGAGGCUGUCUCGGUAGCCUGGACGAGCUGAGGGUUGGCAUAGGGGUGACGGCGCAGCUUUCCAAGAGGCUAGUGGUGGAAGGGGAGGUCAAGAGAUGACUUUUUUUUUUUAUGGUUUCACAGGCCUCGGGGGGGAACUAGCAUUUGAUUUUAUUUAUUUGGACACAGCACUGCAUCUAAUAAUAAAAAUGACCCCAGUUAUCUGUAUUAUAUCAUGAGGCCAUUUUGUUAAUAAAACUUAUUUUUUAUAGAAGCAUCUGUGCCCUGUUGAACCUACAGUUUAUGCAUUGAUUUUAGUGUCUGCAAAAAUAUGAAAGCAUACAGUACAGCAUAAACUUUUAGAACAUCACAGCAACGUUAGUUUGGUGAACGCAUUAAGUCAUACAAGCUGACAUUGUGUCUGUAUAAGAAACACCAGAGCCCAGUGGGAACGGCCUCAGGCAGCGGGGGAAGGGCUUUGAAUGUGGCUCCCAGGGCCCCUCGCCCUUCACUGCCUUUCCUUCAGUUUUCCAGGGUUCUCUGCAGUGAGCUGAGCAUUACACUCAGAUGCCCACAGACCCACGAGGUCGGUAAGCUACUAUAUUUGAAGUGACCCUGCUUUUGAAUUGUUUGAAACAAAUAUUUACUAUAUUAUGCCAUCUUAUCUAAGGUGGCAUCAGUUGGAACACAUGCCAGUUUUGAAGCAUUAACGUAUGCGAUGGGGUGGGUAGACUUCACGUCUUCGAAUUGGUCGGCUGUGGAGGUAGCCCAAGCUCAGCCUCUGUUCUUAAAAUCUUUUUAGACUGGUUAAAAUUCAGUCAGCAGUCAGUCCAGCCUGGCUAGCGGCUGAGCACCACAGGAUUCAGUGACCCGAGGACUACGGACAGACCUGGAGAGCCGCCUGCUCGGGUCUGGGACGGUGGGUUGUCGGCUCUCUGGGACGGACAAAGCAAGGGGCAGGCGCUCCUCACCCGAGGAGGAACAGGGCAGCCUCAUGUUUGCCAUCUCCAGCUUUGCCAGGCCUGGCACAGGACUUCUGAGCUUAAACGGGUCUGUUUUCCAAGGUCACUCCGCCAAGUAGCGUGGGAUGUGCCUACAGACUAAACCGCAGAGGCCCGCAGCCGUGGGGGAGGACGGCCUAAGGCGGGCCUGCCGUGGCUGUGAAAUCCAGCUUUGUUUUUAGGAGAAGGAGAAUUGUAGUGUGCAUCACACAUAGGCAUAUACUUUCUAAUAAAACUUUUGGGGAGAAAUCGAGUUUUUCUUUUAAUUGUAACAUCUUGAAAAAUGCAAAAGCAGUAUAAAAUAAAGGUCAAAAAAA